AUGUCGUAUUCAUGGGUGGGAGCACCUACGGUGUUCAAUGGCACAAAUUCGAAUAUUGGCGGCGAUUCUGACACCGAGAAUCUGAAUCAAUGGUUCCAAUCUGGAGAUCAAGCAUACAUCAUCGUGGCCUCUGCCAUGGUGUUGAUCAUGGUACCAGGUCUCGGCUUCCUCUACUCCGGUCUUUCACGAAGAAAGUCUGCGUUAAGCAUGAUCUGGGCCUGUAUGGCUUCGUGCUCCGUCAUCACGUUCCAAUGGUACUUCUGGGGAUACUCGCUGGCCUUCAGCAACUACGCAACAAACGGUUUCAUCGGCGACCUGAAGAAAUUUGGUCUCAUGAACACACUUGCUACUCCCAGUCCUGGCAGCCCGCUCAUUCCAGAUCUCUUGUACGCCUUCUAUCAGAUGCAAUUCUGCGCCGUCACUGCAGCUAUCGUCGCUGGCGCCGUUGCUGAACGUGGCCGUCUCAUCCCCUUCAUGGUCUUUACCUUCUUCUGGGCCACUCUCGUCUACUGCCCGAUUGCCUGCUGGGUGUGGAACGUCAAUGGCUGGGCGUACACCUGGGGUGUCCUCGACUACGCUGGGGGCGGACCUGUCGAGAUCGGCUCCGGUAUGUCUGCACUGGCAUACUCCAUGGUCCUCGGUCGCCGCCAAGAGAAGAUGAUGUUGAACUUCCGACCUCACAACGUAUCGCUCAUUACGCUGGGUACAAUUUUGUUGUGGUUUGGAUGGCUCGGCUUCAACGGUGGAUCUGCUUUCGGUGCCAACCUCCGUGCUACUAUGGCCUGCUGGAACUCCAACAUCACUGCCAUGUUUGCCGCUAUGACUUGGUGCCUGCUCGAUUGGCGCCUCGCGAGGAAGUGGUCUAUGGUCGGAUGGUGCUCAGGUGCUAUCUCUGGACUCGUCGCCGCUACACCAGCAUCUGGUUUCAUCCCACCUUGGGCAUCCGUCAUUCUCGGUAUCUCCACUGCAGUAGUAUGCAAUUUCUCAACUAAGAUCAAGUACUGGAUCAAGAUCGACGACGCGAUGGAUGUGUUCGCUGAGCACGGUAUCGCUGGCAUGGUCGGUCUCUUCUUCAAUGGCGUUUUCGGCGCAUCUUACAUCAUUGGUCUCGACGGCGUCAACACUGGUCUCUUCCCAGGUGGCUGGAUCGAGCGCCACUUCCUUCAGCUCGGCCAGCAAGUUGCUUACAUUGCAGCUUGCACUGCCUACGCUUUCGUCAUGAGCGCACUCAUCGCCUAUGCCAUCAACUACAUCCCCGGUCUUCACCUUCGCGCAUCUGAGGAGGCUGAGCUGCUCGGUAUGGACGAUGACCAGCUUGGUGAAUUCGCAUACGAUUACGUGGAGGUCCGCCGUGAUUACCUCGCAUGGACUCCUGCAAAGGGCGAGCCGGAGAACAAAGAGCAUGAUAUUCCUCAAACCCAGAGGCACGGCAUCUCUCAACACUCGGAGAUGCUAGAGGGCAAGGAGCCAAGUGAAAGCUCCGGUGACGCACAUACUGGUAUUGGUGGCGAUAGACACGGCGUGGCUUAUGAGAAGACCGAGCGCGAGAAGCACGGCGAAGGCAUUGCACCAGCCUCGCAAUAA